ACCUUCCCUAACAUAUCUAACACAGAUAGCCACAUUCUUUCAGCAAUCAAACGCGACCCUCACACAGCAUCUUCAACCCACGCCACCAUGUCCUCAUCAGCGCGCCUCCUCCUCCUCCCCCGCGAACUCCGCAAUCGCAUCUACACGUAUCUCACGCACCCCCUCGACUUCACCUGGCACCGCGGCAUCCAGCACACCCCACCCACCGCGCGCCCCUCAACCCCCGUCCCCGUCCGCAUCCCCGCCUGCCCCCUCGCCUACGUCUUCCUCAUCCACCCCCUCAUCACCGCAGAGUACAAGGAAUCCUGCCUACCCCAUCUCGAAGCCGUGCUCAACCCGCCGGGCUUCCACGCGCUCGAGGACUUGGUCGAGGGCGGGAGAGAUGUCAAGGUGUUACAGCGUGUGAGACACGUCACGCUCUUCGUGCAGCUGCACGCGCGGAGUACGGGGGCGAGUCUGGACUGGGGCGACCAGCUCCAGCUACUAGGCGAUGUGGUGACGUACAUGGGUGGUGCAGGGGGGCUGAAGACGCUGCGUGUGGCGGUACGGCAGCAUUUUCUUGGGGUGGGGCCGACGGUCGGCGAGGCGGAGUUAGAUGGGAUCUUGGAGGGGGUUGUGGCACUGAGGGGGGCUGCUGGUGGUGAGGACGAGGGGUUUCUGCCGGAGAUGCCGGGGCGGGUUGGGGGUUUGGGGAUGGUGCAGAGGGGGGAGGGGCUGAGUGUUGGGUUUGGGGGGUUUGUGGGGGGUGGAGGGGCGGGGGUCAGACAUGCGGUGAGGAAGGUGGGCGUGUGUGUGUAUGCGUGUGGGGGCGAGAGGUGGGAGAGGAGAACGUGGAGGAGAGAAGAGGUGAUCAGGAGGUGGCCAAUGCGGGCGUAUGUGGAAAGUAUCAGAGAGGUUGUGGGAGAGGAGAGGGCGGCGUGGUUGAUGAAGCUGCCGUAUGAGAUGGUUGAGUGGGUGGAGAGGUGAGGUGAAGGGGCAAGUCACAUGGACCAGAGACAUGGGCCGCAAGUCCUAGCCUGACGACUUUAGCUCACUGAAGAGAUAUAGAUUAGAUUAUUAGUAUGUCU